GGAGAGGCGGAGGUCGAUUCGACAGGUGAGAUCGUGUAUCGUUCACCUGGUGCACUAUUUGUGGUGUUCCAAACAGGAAAAGGCAGCGCUGUUUUCAGCAGCUCAGGAUAGCUUUCCAAAACAACCAUCACCGUGAUUGUGGAGGAUCCAGGAUUUAUUAUCGUGGAGUCAGCUUUCAGGAAAAGUCAAGAUGUUUAAAAAGAGAUCCAAAAACACAACAACUCCUACCAAAAAGGUGCCUUCGAAGCUCACACAGCUGAUCGAGAGGUUACAACAGAAUGCAGAUACUGUGGAGAAAAACAUCUACAAGAUUGAGGAAAGCCUUCUUCAAGAUGUCAAGCGCAUAGAGGAAGGGAAAAGUGUGUUAUUCCAAGAGGACACUGCUAAACUGAUGGAUGAUUCAGAUAUAAUACUAGCAGACCUUAGGACAGAUGCACAGACAGCCCUCUCUGAGAAGCAUCCACAGUCUGAUAUGAUUGUAGAGGAUAUCAAGCAGUUGAAAGAAAGAAUCCAGAAACUGAGACUAGAGCAUAAGAAGGUUUACAAUCUUAGCCGGACUGAUGGAAUUCCUACUAUCGACUGGUCCAAACUGAUCGAUGAGAAGCAGACAGAGCUGAACAACCAAGGCUUUGGAAAUGAAUUACCUUUUGUCGAUCAACAAUUGGAACACCACCAGCUCUUCACUAAAGAGGUUGAAACAAUUGGAGAUCACAUCAACAAGAAUGAAAACCAGAAUUAUAUCAGUGCCAUCCAGGUGAAGUACAACAAACUAUUGAAAGGAACGCAGCAGCGGCAGAAAGACUUGUCAAGCCUCCGUGAGUACAUGCAGAACUGCACCAAUGAGCUGUACUGGAUGGACACCCAGGAGGAAGACCGCCUGCGUUACGACUGGAGUGACCAGAACCUGGACUACAAAAACCGCCACCGUCAGUAUGAGAGCUUUGUGAACCGACAUCUGGAAGCUAAAGAAGCCGCUGUUACCAAACUUCAUGAUGAGGGCAACAAACUGUUGCAGAUGAACCACCCAGGAAGGAAUGCUGUUGAGGCCCACAUGGAAGCUGUGCAUGCCGACUGGAAGGAGUACCUCAACCUGCUGAUCUGUGAGGAGAAUCAUCUCAAAAAUAUGGAUGACUACCACAAGUUUUACAAAGACUCAAAGGAUAUGCAGGAGCUUCUCAAAAAAAUUGACAACGAUCUGGAUUCGAAGUACAAUCCAGAUUUCAAAGAUGAAUUCCAGCUUCAGACUUUGCUCCAGGACCUUGAAGAUCAGGACCGAGCAUUGGACAAGUAUGAUAAUGCAGUGAAAACGCUGAAGAACCGCAGCUACCAGGUGCUGCCUCUCAAAUAUCGUCGUGCCAACCCUCCCAAGGCUGUCCCAGUGGAGGCUCUCUGUGACUUUGAUUCAGAAGAGACGCACAUUCAGCGUGGGGAGAGGUAUACACUGAUCAAGAACAUCAAUGGGACCCACUGGGAGGUGUCUAAUCCAGCAGGUCAGAAGCAGAAGGCCCCUGCUGUUUGCUUCAUAAUUCCCCCGACUGAUCCUGAGGCAAUAGUAAUCGGAGAUGACAUCAGCAAUCAGUACAACGGAGUCAAGCUGAAGAGCAGCACUGCCAAGAACAACAUCCAGAGACAUUUGAAUGAGCUGAAACAUGUUAACAAACCAGCUGCAAAGACCUCAGUGGUUCCCGUGUCAAACACCCAGGACCAGCAGUGUCUGAAGCUGCUCUCUGACUUGGAUAAAAUACAGAAUGAUGUCAUCAAGCAGGAGAAGGCAAUCCAAUCCUGUACACGGCCACCUCUGGAGCAGGGGAAGCCUAUCCAGGACAUUAAGGACCGAAUUCAGGAUCUGAAGAACAUCAAUGGUUCUAUUGGCCAAAUUGAAAUAGCAAAGAUGUCAAAAGAAAGAGAGUGCCAGGGUUUCCUUGCACAGAACCCACAAGUAGCUGGAGCACCUCAGCUUCGCACCAAGCUGGAUGACACUAACAACAAGUUUGACCAAGUCAGCCUCCUGCUCAACAGCUCCGAAGAGAAGGCUCAGGCUGUAAACAAGCUGGAGAACAGCCUACAGAAGGGCAGAACCACACUGUCAGAAUUCGAAAACAAGCUGAUAAGGGAUCAAACAAUUCCAGAUAGCAACUGGGGACUGGAUUCCAAGAAGCAAGAACUUGAAGCCUUGCGCUCCGAGCUCAAGUCCAAGAAACCAGUCCUACAAGAAGCAGAGCAGAAUCUGAAUUCCGUGAAGAGAGCCUGCAACGUUCUGGCAGACAACUUUCAGGAGCACUGCCCAGAUGUCGAGCGGCAGGACACUGAGGUGAAAAAACUCAACCAACGCUACGACAACCUCAACAAGCAACUGGACAGGCGGAUUGAAAACCUGCAAAAGGCCAAGACUGCGUAUUCCAGUUUCCGGAAUGGUAGCGAUGCUUUGGACAGCUGGCUCUCCAACAUACCAAACUAUGAGCCACGGGAAACCGACAGCGCCAAAACCAUUGAUAAUAAACUGAGGAACCAAAUGCGUGUCUUAAGUGACAUCACCAAUAAAGAGCCAGAUCUAGCAAAAGUAACCAACAAUGCACAGCAGUAUCAGGAGGCAGCCAAGGAUUACGAACUUGAGGCUGAGAUGUUUAAAUCGCUGAUCCAACCAGACAGUGCACAAACAUCCUCCAAAAAAGCAAAAUUCACUUCGCCGGCUGACAAAGUUAAGGAUGAGGAAACUGCUCUAGCCACUAAAUUUGCAACGGUGAGUGCUGUCAACAACCAACGGAUGCAGAACCUGGAGUUUGCACAGAGCCUUUUGAAGCAGCAACCAGAGACGCAAAUGAUCCAGCAACAAGUUCAAUCACAAAACUUUGCAGCGGCACCUAACUACCGGUUGGAAAAACAGCUGAACGAUGAGGUGCAGCACAGGGAAGGAGUGGAGAAAGAAAUCAAGAAAGUACAAGAAGAAAUUGCAGCCCUGGAGAGUCAGCAGCUCAAGGGAUCAUUCCUCAAGAAAGAGGUUGUCAAGAAGGUCCCUGACCCACAGCUAGAUGAGGAGAUGCAUAAGGUUCAGGAGGCAUUAGCAGAUGAGCAGUUGCAGAAGAAAACUAUGGAGAAUGAACUGGAGAUCUUGCACCGCAAGUUGCUUUCGUUGGAGAAAAUGAAAAAAGACCCUGCAAAGCAAUAUGUGGUCAAGGAGGUUCUUCGAAUUGAACAGGACAAGGACCAGGAAAAUGAGAUACUGAGGCUCAAGGAGGAGCUUGAAGAGAUCAAGAGGCAAAAAUCGGCAAAGGAGAGUGACAUCCUGCUGCUUCAGAAACGUCUCCGCGUUUUGACCGAAGAGAAGAACAAGGAACAUGAGAAAAUCACAGAACAAGAGGUAUUCAAGGUAAAAAAUGACCCCAAGCUGGAAGCAGAGUUUAUCCGUCUGCAGGACAACAAACAACAUGAAAGUCUCUUACGGCAGCAGAAAGAGGAGGAACUAAGGGUCCUUCAGGAGAAGCUGAAACGACUGGAGAGAGAAAAAUCCAAGGAGGAGGAGAAAGUGACGGUGAAAGAAGUCGUCAAGUUGGAGAAGGAUGCAAAUUUGGAGAAGGAGGUUACAAAUCUCCGUCGUCAACACGAAGACGAGAUGGCCAAAAAGCGAUCACACGAGCGGGAGAUUGGUGAGCUGGUGAAAAGGAUCAAAGUACUUGAAGAAGAAAAGUCCAAACCAGUUAUCCAGGAAAAGUUGCGUGAGAUUGUCAGGCCUGAUCCCAAUGCUGAACGUCAGGUGGCUACCCUGAGAACUGAUCUCCUUGAGCAGCAGCGAAAAUACAAUGACGCAGAAUUGCAGCUGAGGAGCAUCCAUGAUGAAAUCACUCUCCUAAAAGAUAAGGGUCCAAAGAUUGAGAUAAAAGACAACAUAAAAGAAGUCAUAAAGUACAAACCAGAUCCUGAAACUGAGCAAGAGUUGGAGAGAUUAAGGGAUGAGGUAGCAGAUAAAUCACGACAAGUAGAUAGAGCCAAAGUUGAGAUAAACCAGCUUGAAAAAGAGAUUGAGAUGCUAAAGAACAGUAAGCCCCACGUUCAAAUUAAAGAAGUUAUCAAUGAGGUCAUUCAAUACCGAGAAAAUCCAAAUACCAAGGAAGAGUUGACGCUCCUCAGAGCCAAGCUAGCAGAAGAACAGCAGAAGCAAUUGGAGCAAGACAGAGAGCGAGCAACACAUGAAGAGAACAUCCAACUGAAGAAGAAGGAUCUGGCUCAAGUGAGAGAAAAAGUGGUGCAACAGGAGGUUGUGAAGCUGGAACAAGAUCCUCUGUUGAAGGCAGAGUGCGGUACAAUGGCAACUGAGAUUGAGCAAGAAAGAAGGCAGAAGGAAAAUUUGAAAGCCCAGAUCCAAACACUGCAACUCCGAAAAGCUGACUUGGAAGAGCAGCUGCUAGAACUCGAAGCAGAGAGAGAGGCUCGUCGCAAUGCUGAGCUGGAAGUCAAGAGGCUAAAGAUUAAGCUCAAUGAUCUGGAGGAGAAAGAAAAGGAGGUAAGAGAUAAAGUCUUGGUGAAACACAAGGUUGUUCUGAAGCAGGAUCCUCUGCAAGAAAAAGAAGUUUCAAUGCUUAAACUGCACGUAGAGGACGAAAAGGCAAAUCGAAAUGAACUUGAAAAUAACCUUCAAGCCCUUAAGCUCAAACAGAUAGAGCUUGAAACAAAGAAAGUCAAGGAAAAGAAUGUUUAUACCGAGAAAGUUCAGGUGGAAAGGGAUCCUGAGACGGAAUUAGAAAUUCAACGUCUUCAGAAAAAUUUGGAAGAAGAAGGAAAACUAAAGCAAAACUUGCUGAAUGAACUUGACCAGCUGAAGGCUAGGCUAUCAGACUCUGAGUUCAAGGACAGGAAGUCAUUGAAAGACUUGGAGCAUCUGAGAGAGGAGAAUGCCAAUCUUCAGAGGGAAAACCAAAAUCUGAUAAAUGAAAGUCGAAGACUGCGUUCUGACAUCCAGGUGACCAUUCAACAAACCAAAGAAGUCCAGUCAGUAAAGUCGACACCAGGCGCUGGCGACAUGAAUCAUAUGGAGUCUCGAUUCACAUCCCUACAGAAAGAGUUGGAUGAUCUAAGGAAGACGACCACAUCCAAAGAAGCUGAGAUUGACAAAUUGGAAAAGGAAUUAGCAACACUGAAAAUAAAGAGAGAACAGAGGGAGAACAGUUUACGACGUCACAUUGUAGUAAUUGAUCCCGAUACAGGCAAAGAAAUGACUCCACAGGAAGCCUACAAGCUCGGCCUCAUCACCUGGGACAUGUUUGUCAACCUUGAAAAUCAGGAAUGUAACUGGGAGGAGUUGACAGUAAAAGGUCCUUCAGGCACUUCCACCAUCCUCCAUGACCGGAAAUCAGGAGAGAAGUAUUCAGUUGACGAUGCUCUGAAGAAGGGCAAGAUUACCGAGAAACAGUAUAAACAGUUCCUGGACAAGGAGAUUCCAAUCCAUGAAUUUGCUGUAUUAGUAUCAGGAAAAAAUGCAAUGUCACACAAUGACAUAGAUAAGGCAGAUAAUUAUCAACAAGUUUCAUCCAGUAGCCCCAGUUCCUUUCUUCCAAACAAAACUAAACAACAGGCAGUUGGAGGCAUAUUUGACAUAGACACAGAUAGGAAAAUCUCCAUCACCAAUGCAGCUAACCAAAAUUUUAUUGACUCAGACACAGCUCUGAGGCUUCUGGAAGCCCAAUCUGCAACUGGCGGAAUUGUCGAUGUAAAAGAUGGCAGUCGUUACAAUGUAAAGAGGGCUGCAGAGCAUGGAUUGAUUGAAAGUGGACUCCUGCAGAGACUCUCCAGUGCUGAAAGUGCCUACACUGGUAUUGAAGAUCCUAAAACCAAGAAACUUCUGCCUGCUGUCAAGGCUGCUGAACGUGGCUGGCUUUACCCUGAGGCUACAGAGUGGUAUCUGGAAGCACAGUACUUAACUGGAGGUCUAGUUAACCCUGACACAUCUGAGAGGUGUUCACUAAGACAGGCAAUAUCAUCUGGUCUGAUAGAUGAAGAUAGGGCCAACAGACUCAAAGAUGACACCACUUACCCUAAAAACCUAGUGGAACCAAUUAGCAAGCACUUCAUUAAUUACAAGGAAGCUCUGGAUCUAUCCAUUACUGACCAGGAUACUGGGCUGCUACUGCUACCUGCCUCCUCCAAGUCUCACUAACACCUUUCUUUUCAUGUGAAGAUCACAGCACAAUUGUCUGCAGCAUUCAAUUUACCAGCCACCUGGAAAACAGAAGAAUAUUGUCAAAGAACUCUUGAAACUAGUUGAAUUUAUUUGGGACAUGGGAGCUACCUGAAUUAAAGCCAAUGUUAAUGUAAACUAAUAUAACUACUAUUACAUGAUAUUUUUUUUUCCCCCCAAUUUGCUAUUAUCUCUUCUUUCUCUAAAUGUUCUUCCUUUAAAAUUCUCUAUUGCAUAUAUUUUAAAAGCAGCAUCAACAUAUCACAGUUCAACCUUGUGUGUAAUUUUUUACCAAUAAUUUGGCCCUAUCAUUGGGGGUGCUCACCUUCUGCAGAUAGGCUUGAUGGUACGGAGCACUAUUGAGCCUAGCUCUAAGUCAGAGACUCCAUGUCAUCCCCUGAGAAAGGCUCUUUCUGAUUCUUGAGAACUGGAUUACUUUGAUGAUUGGGGUAAGCCUCCAAUACUCGCUGGGCCUAGCCUUGUCUGAAACAAAUCUCAAGAUAAAAUGGAGUAACAAGCAGCUUGACUUUGCAGCUUCAAUAAGGACCUGCUUAUCUUCCAGGCCUGAGGAAGCUUUUUAUGUCUUGUGGAUCAGGCAAAAGGUCCAUUCUCAGUCCAACCUAUCAGAGUUUAAAAGGUUAUGACAAUAUUAUGUCAUGUACAUAUUCCAGCUCAGAUGUCAACUUCCCACUGACACAAUAUCAACUCUUUCAUCCUUUCCUUUCCCUAGAAUUAUAGUGCCUUUUGCAGUAUGUAAAUUAAGUGAAGCAACAGAGCUUAAAUGCACAAUGUUCAAUGACAUAUAAACCUCUUUCAAAUAAAAAUUGAUGCAUUUUCAAAGUAGAUUUACUUUUGACAAUAGUGCAUUCAAGAAGUUAAAUCUACUUAUCUUCCAAGAUGGCAUGAGUCUCAAGACCCAUUUGGCAAAUGAAGAGUGAGCAAAUUUAUUCAUUCUGUUUUAGGAAUCAAUGAUGUGUUCAAAUAGUGUUUGAAGUGGAACAAAACAAUUCCAAAAACACUGAAUUUGACCAGAAGGUCCCAAAUCCCAAUUUUUUUUUCUUUCUAUAGGAGGGAAAACCUUGGACUAACUAUGCUUAAAAAUAAACUCUUUUUUACAGUGAACCAAAGUGUCAAGCAAUUAUUGUGGUCAUUCUUGUAAGAUUGUUUGGGUGAUAACUUUUUAACAAAAUGGAACUAUUUAGGAAACUAAUAUAUAACUGCAUGAAUUUGUUACAUUUAUUUCUUUGCUUUGACUAUAACUUGCAUUUAUGGCAUGUUUCCUUUCAGGGAUUAGAGUAAUUUAAAGGGAUUUGUUUAUUUAUAUUACUGAAAUUAAAAAAAAACUG